AUGGAGCAGGACUGUAUCACCGGUGUCUACCAGUCUCUGGGUUUGUCCGUCGGAGAAAAGUUUUCCACUGAAGAUGUGAGUCACCUCUACUGCAAAGUGUUUCAUGUACCCUCAGAUAUUGAAGAAGCCCAUAUGGCCAUGAUGAAGAUUGCAGGAAGUGACAACAGCUGGUCUUGUGUGGGUGAAAAUGUUUUGGAUGUUCUCCUAGAGAUGGCAAGAGAGAGGGAAAAGAAGGAAAAGCAAUACUGGGAUCUCCAGCUGUUGAAUAUGGGUAACCAUCUCAGCAUUCUACACAGGAUGGACACAACUCUUAUCGCUGAUCCUCACAUGCUGCACCAAAAAGACACAGAGCUAAAUAUUUUCAGAGCAGCUCACAAUCAAACAGGUUCCCUACAGUCUCGUACAAUCGACACAAAGAGCUCACAGUGGGAGCGAUGGCUGGCAAAAAAAGGCAUGCAAUGGAGUGUGAGGGAUGUGAAAAGACUAAAGAGAGCACAUAGGCAGUGCUGGGCCAGACUAGUUGUAGAGGGUAUACAAAGCAUAUUACCCUCUCCUUUGCCAGGACAAGAGGUUGGAGGUCAUGCAUGGGGUGCUGUCUCCUUGUCCGAUGUUCUCCUUUUAGUGGAAGUGAAGUAUGAUGUGGUGACACACUUGCUUUACACUGAAAUGCUUCAGGAGCACUACACACUGACUGUCUGGGAAAACCUGCUACCAUGGCAACAACGUAAGGCAGAGGAGGGGCUGGGGGAUCUUGCAGAAGAGGCUUUGGAGUCAGGUGACGUGCUUGGAUUGGCUGAGCUCCCAGGAGCAUUCAAAAUAUACAGGCUGAAUAGGGAGAGUCUGAGGCUGCUCUGCCUGUAUAUCAGGUUGGCAACUCUCAAAGCUCAGAGAGAAAAACUGUCCUACAGUGCUCUUCUGGCAGCUCGACAGUCCUGGGAGACUUGGCCAUAUGUUAAUAGUCCACUGAGAGCUGAGCAGGCUGCUUUGUGGCUUCAGAGUGAAGACAAAGAGCCCAAGAAGUUAAUCUCAGUGUUACCAAAGCAGACAGUGCUGCAGCUGCUGGUGCUGACUCAGGAGCAAGAGAGGAAAAACCUGGUCAAACUGGUACAUGGGGUCUCCCUGGGGAAUCUGCAAGACCCAGGUUGCACAGAGGCUCCAAAGGAAGAAACUAGUCCGAAGGAUGCUGCGUUAAGGAAUGGCUGUAUUAAAAGGCUGCAACAAAUCCAUGCCAGCCUGAAAACAAACAAUGAUGCACAGAAUCCCCGGUUGGAAGACUGUGCCCAGCUCCUCCUUGUACAUCUGAUGGAGCUGCAGGACGUCCAAACUUCAGUUUUACUGCCAGCCCUGAUGGACAAAAGCACACAGCGUGUCCAGGCUCUGCGAGAUGAGUGUGUAUCCGAGCUACAAGGACAACAUCUAACCAACUUGUUUCAGCUCCUGACUUCAGAUACUCCCCUUGGUUCAUUUUCCACACAAAUGCCUAACUCAAACACAACCCAAAACAGCAAUAAUGACCAAAUGGCAGCUCAGUCCUCCUGCGCUAAAGAAGCCAGAGCCCAAAACAUCAGUGCGACUGACACAGAGGCAGCUGAUUCAGUUAGAGGAGCCAGAGUUCAAGCUGCAGAUGGUGCUGAUGUACAGGAUGUCUGUACAGGUUGUGGAGUAUUCAUGGAGGACCUGCCCUACUUGGAGAUCUUGUGUGUGUCAGAUGCAACCCAUAAUACUCAGAGGGAGGGGGGAGCUGAGGAGGUGGAAGAGGUCGGUGCAACAACGAACCCCCAGAGCUACGAAAAACAGGGCUCUUUGAUCACACUUGCCUGGAGCAAACCGCUAGAUGAUGACAAUAACUGUGGUGCAGAGGCUGCAGCUGGAAGCACAACACAAAGUCAAUUUGAUGAAGGUGACAGGAAGAGUGAAGUUCAGCCCGGCGACCUCAGUGACACAGCUGAACACACACUUGGUGAGGAGACUUUGGUCCAGCCUGAUUUGGCAGGUGACACACAGUCAGCAAGCCAGCAAUGCAGCUCAGAAAAACAGCUGACCCUGACUGAAAGGCCAGUCACUGAACAAUCAGCCACAGGAGAACAUGUAUCUGACUGUGAAGUGCCAGUGCAUGCCUCAGCGGUAGAUAAUCAGCAGGACACACAACCAGCUUUACUGAUAGGCUCUGAGGACUUCUGCUCUGGAACAUCCAGUGAGACAGGAGAUGUUAACACAACGGCAGGUGACACUGUAACAGAUUCUGAGGUGUGGGACCUGAGUGGGCCCGAACUAGACACUGCAUUUUACAGCAGCUCCUCCGAGAGAGAUGUAAUGAGGGAAUCCACACUGAGAGAACGACCAAGAGAAACAGUGUCAGCGGUGGAGAGAGAGAGGACCAUGCGCUGCCUGGUGGACAUGCAAAAAAAGGUGGAACAGAGGCAGCAGAGAGACAAAAAGAGGCAAUUGCUGAGGGUUCAGGAACGUCUGUCAAUCAUCCAGAACAGAAAGGCAGAGGAGGAUCUGCUUGGCCUAAAGCACACAGACAGACUAAAGCAUCUCACACAAGAUCUACCACAGGAGGAUAAAACCCAGCAGAAGACAGUUGUCAAAGAGCGACUGGAGCAGCUGAGGAGAGAGCGCUCCUAUAUCAUGCAGUCUAAACGAGACAGGAACACUGCGGGAUUUAAGGAACUCCUGGGUCCUGUAGCCCAACAGAGCAGAGAAACAGAAGAUGACACAGACAGAGAUAUUACACCAGUUGACAACUAA